UUAAAGCAUGGUUCUCGCAAAUCCCGACAAAAUGCGCCAUGAAAGGAUGCUGUCUCAUACUGGUUGUCAGCGUGCUAUCAUUAUCUAAAGUGACCUUGGCCAAGCAUAAGAAACUUGCUGACCUUUCCCAAGGUCAUCACUUCGACAACCAGCCGUCCGUUGCUGCGCACCUUACUAAGAACAUUCCGCCUCCAUUGCGACGGGCCAUUGUACUGACGCUGGAGAAGAGCGACGUGGGCCCCUUCGUGGCGGCCUGCAUUAAGAAGGCACUGUGCAGUCACGAGCAGGUGUUGAACGGAAUCGGUGGGAAGCGGUGGAAGUGGCGGAUUAAGCACCAGCGCAGUCUCAUGCAUUUCUGGCAGGUGUACGAAUGUUAUGCCCAUCACCGGCCGAUGGCUUGUCCCGUGGACGGCGGCUGGAGCGCCUGGGGCGCGUGGGAACACUGCUCCGCGAGAUGCGGACGCGGCACCCGCGUUAGACGGAGAAAGUGCAUCAGUCCCCAGCCGGCGAACUAUGGGAAGCAGUGUGCCGGGAAAUCCGUCGACAAAGAGCACUGCGAGCACACCUGCCCCAAAAACUUCACUGCGAUGGUGGAAGGCGAUCCGCUGAAACAGCAAGCGCUAUCCACGAUGCACAGUAUUGAAUCUCAGAAUACCGGUCUCCGCGAUGCCUGCCACCGGGAUCACUGCACAUACCAUGAAGUUCACGAGCUCAUCCCCGAUCAGGAAGCCGCUGAUCAAUACUGGCUGUCGAUGCACUGCGUGGAGCGCUACAUCGGCUGCCCCAUCAACGGCGGCUGGUCGGAGUGGGAGGCGUGGUCCAACUGCACCACCGACUGCGGCAUCGGCGAGCGCUUCCGCGUGCGCCGCUGCAGCGAUCCCCCACCGGCCAACGGUGGCGCCUACUGCCCGGGCGAUGCCUUCGAGCGGGAGGACUGCCUGGGCGUGGACUGCCCCGGCGUCAGCGGCGCCCAGCAAGCGGUGUGGACGGAAUGGUCCGAUUGGUCGAAAUGUUCAGCACGGGACUGUGUGACGUACGGAACGGAGAUCUCACGGCGGCUGUGUAUCGGGGUGCACCGGCCGGCGGUCUGUGAUGUGGGGGACGGGAGUGUGAAGGGGAUGCUGGAGAGGCGGCGGCCCUGUGUGAGGGAGGGGUGCUUCCAGACGACAACAGUGUCACCCGGAGAACGACCCAGAUAGCCGCGUUGUUAUAAUGGAACUGCGGAACAGGUUCCACGCCGCAGCGGCUGAAGCGAGGGCAGCUCUCCGUCUGGAAUGAUGGUCUGUGGCGAAGGAUGUGUUGCCGGCCGUUCGGUGCUAGUACAGGGCGGUCCGGGAAUCUGUUAUUGAUAUCUGGAAUCCGGAUGUUCAGUUAUGCUGUGUAGCAGUUGUGGCUGUUGCUGAUGUAUGCGUUCGUGCAGUCCUACAAAUCUGAGGCGAAGAACAAAUACUUGGUGGUAAAGCAUUUUUUAGUAAUGCUGUUAUGGGUUAGCAUUCUGGCAC